AUGCAACUCAAAUGUCCUGCUUGUGUGUGUGUGUGUGUGUUUCAGAAUCCAGACGGUGUGGUGGUUAAACAAAUCUCCACGAGCAGAGCCGUUGGUGGAGUCUUUGCAGACACUUUUCCUCUCUCUGAAAUUGUCAAUGAAGGAACAUGGAUAGUGACGGCAAAGUUUGACCACUGGCAGCAGAACACAUUCACCUCUCAGUUCCAGGUGAAGAAAUAUGUGCUUCCGGCCUUCAAUGUCACCUUGACACCCAGGAAGUCCUUCCUCAGCCUGGAUGACAGUGAAUUGGUAGUAGAUAUCUCGGCCAGGUACCUGUAUGGGGAGCCAGUCCAGGGGACGGCCUACGUGGUGUUUGGAGUGAAGAUCAAUCAAGAGAUGAUAAGGUUGCCUUCAGUGAAGGAGGUGUCAGAUCUGGAUAGAGGAGUUGUCAGACUGAGCAUGGAGGAGAUCAAAAGAGCUUACCCUAACAUUAGAUCUUUGGUGGGCAACUCUGUGUAUGUCAAGGCAUCUGUGCUCACCAAGUCAGGCAGUGAUCUGGUUGAAGCAGAGAAGACUGGCAUUAAAAUCGUCGAGUCGCUUUAUGUGGUAUCCUUCAAAGACAUGCCAAAGUAUUUCAAGCCAGGCCUACCCUUCGACUUCACAGUCCUGGUGAAUCACCAUGAGGGUCCCCCGCCCCGUAACGUCCUGGUCAAGUUGAAUCUACUGCAGAAGCCUGUGGUCGUCCUCUCUGGCAGCGCAAGAGUCACCAUCAACAUGCCCAGCGAUCAACUCCAACAAAUUAUCACUGCUGAGACCGCACAGCCCGACCUGAGACCAGAGCAGCAGGCCAAACAACAGAUCACUGUUCAUCCGUAUGUCACCUUUAACCCGAACCAGCAGAACUACCUUUAUAUCUCCACAGCGACCAACACGGUGUCUCUAGGAGACACACUGUCCCUGAAGCUGAGCAUAAAUACUGCAGACCCGACACACAAAGAUCUCAUUAAACACAUCACCUACCUGGUGCUGAAUAAAGGCAAAAUCAUUGUUGCUGGGCGUGUGGAUCGUGGCAGUCAGGUGUUCACCAGCAUCGGACUCAUAGUCACCCCGGAGAUGAUGCCGUCAUUCCGUUUUGUGGCGUUCUACAGUAUUCCCUGGGUGGGGCGCGAGGAGGUGGUGCCGGACUCCAUCUGGGUGGAUGUGGAAAAUUCCUGUGCUGGAGGGCUGACAGUUGGGCCGGUGGACGGCAUAGGUCGAGAAUACACGCCUGGGAAGAGUUUUAAUUUUAAGGUCAGAGGUGAUCCGGGGGCAAAGGUCAGCCUGGUGGUUGUGGACAACGCUGUGUAUCUGCUCAACAGGGACAGGCUUACACAGAAAAAGAUUUGGGACGUGGUGGAACAAGGAGACAUCGGCUGCACCCGAGGGGGAGGCAGAGAUGCUACUGCAGUGUUCUCAGAUGCAGGACUGCUCUACUCCUCCAACACCGGGUUUAAAACCCAAACCAGACAAGUCCUGCAGUGUCCAGGCAGUGCCAGAAGGAGGCGCUCUAUUGAACAGUUGCAGCGUAAAGUCCAGCUGGAGAGUCAUUACAAAGAGAAGCUGGAACGUCGCUGCUGUAGGGACGGCCUCAGGGAGAUUCUCAUGCCGUACUCCUGUACACGACGCUCCCUCUACAUCACAGAGGGCUGGGAGUGCAUGCGGGCCUUCCGCUACUGCUGCGCCACUUACAGGAACCAAGUAUUUGACACCCAGAUUCCCACCACCCCACCACCUAUAACCACAGCUCCCCCCACCACCUCCUCUCCAACCUGGCACACUGCAGUACUUGUUGAAAGCUGGGAACGGCCACGUUUUCAUGCACGGCUUGGACGGCCUGGAAUGCUUGGACCUGAACUGCACAUACAAGGGAGGGAGUUAGUGUACGAAGAAGAGGAGGAGGAGGAGGAAGAGUGGGAGUACCUGGAUGAGACUCAAGUGUAUCUGCGAUCCAAGUUCUACGAGUCUUGGCUGUGGAUGGAUGUUAAGCUGCCCAUCCAGGCAGAGACAGACGGGUUGGCGUCUAUGAACGUGGCUAAUCCCUUACCUGACAGCAUCACUGAAUGGGGAGUCCUGGCCAUUAGUGCAUCACCCCAUACAGGUAGGCUCAGGCGGAGGGGGAGGUCGUCGAUAAGUAUUAAUAAACUUUAACUGGCUUCAUAAUUGUGUUAC